GGUCACACUGUUACAGCCACAAAAAAACACGGCCCGUACAGCAUAAAACAAUUUUUAAAUAAUUCGGUUGCAACGGUUAAAUGCACAAUUAGUUUCGAGGAUAAAAGUGUUCUUCCGUUGAAAAAACUCAAAAAAUAGAGCCGGGCAAUCGAGUGUUUCAAAUAUUGUGCAAAUACCCAGAUAGGAAAAAAAAGAAAAGUGCAUUAAGGCUGCUGCUGGCGCGGACGUUGUUGCAGGCCCAGAGUCAAUUCCAAUUUUCUUUCGACCAUAUCAGGUUGUUGCAGAAGGAAGCCAACGCAACGAACGGUGGUGGGGCGACAGAAACCAGUUAAAUCUAACGAAUUUCAAGCUAGGAAAGAGCUUUAACUAAUCGACACAAUGGGUCUCAAAGGCUGUUGUUCGUGCGUCAAAUAUCUGAUGGUCCUUAUAAACAUUUUAUUUUGGCUCAUUGGACUGAGCAUUGUGAUCACAUCCGUUUGGAUGCUGACGGAUCCCACAUUUAUGCUGUCGAUGACACAAUCCUAUAAUCAUUACCAUAUAGCGCUCUACGUUUUCCUUGGUAUUGGCAUAUUGAUCACUCUGGGCGCGUUCUUUGGCUGCUGGGGCGUUUGUCGAGAGUCGCAGUGUCUGCUGGUAUCGUUCUUCUGUGUGAUACUCAUUGUGAUGGUGGCACAAAUCGCAGCUGGUGCCUGGGCCUUCCACAACAGAGACAAGCUGGACGAUAUUGUGCGGGCGGCGGUAAAAUCUUCGGUGCAGGAGGAGUACGGCCAAUCUACCAUGAGUUCCCGCACGGUUACCUUUGAUACACUUCAGAAGAAUUUGAAGUGCUGCGGUGCAGAUGGACCUGGGGACUGGGCCACGAGUCGAUUUAAUAAUGUGGAUCGCACAAAUAUUGUGGAAAUUGCCGUGUCUUCCAUGAAUGUAUUUUACAACAUACCUGAGUCCUGCUGCAAGGAGGACCUCAAGGACAACGAGUGCGAACUGUCGCGUCGCUUGAAAUUUGGUGGCCCCUUGAACACGGCCAUCUACCAGCAGGGCUGCGUUGAUAAAAUGAUUGAGAUCAUUUACGAGAAUUGGGUCAGCAUUUUUGCCAUCACUAUUGCUGUCAUACUGUUGGAGCUGCUGUCGCUGACCUUUGCCUUGAGCCUGUGCUGUGCGGUGAGGAAUCAGCACUACAAGGCCUGAGAAUUACAGAACUCCCAUAGGGAAAUCACAGACGAUGAGAAGUACUAACAAACCAAAUAGAAACGGAUGCAUAGCAAGCAUUAAUGAGAGAGACAGAGGACAAGCGAAUGGGAAAAAAGUGUGCAUUUAGCAGAAACUAGAAGAUGCCCGGAGCUUCCCUGGUCAAUAUUUAAAAAACAACACAAUUUUGUAGUACUUUUAACAGAAAAGAGCGUGCAGCUAAUAGAGCAAAUUGAAUUUUCAUUUGAGGAGAGACAGAGAGGAGUGUGAGUUUGGAGUUUGUGAAACAGCGUUUUUGAAGCACAAACCAUUCAAGUCACACAAGAUACUCUUUAUAGCACACUUUUCUAACCAAAUAUUUAUACAACAAGAAAACAAACACAGAUCCACAGAGAGUAUACUUUGUCUACUUAUUCGAACCACAUAAAGCAACAGGCUCCGUAAUUUUUAGCAUAGUGAGAAAGUUUUCAAAUUCAUAGAUACAUAUAAAAUAAAUACAUUGCAUACAUACUAUAUAUUAAAAAUAUAGAAGAAAACGUAAGCACAAAGUAUAAUGUUAAUUGCCAAAAACAAAAACAUAUAAACAAAAUGAAAAGCCAUCAAAUUUCGUUCAAAAUUUGUUGUCUCCCAUAAGACUUUCGAUUACCAAUCAAGUUGAUUUGUGGCCAUUUUUUAUAUUAUGCCAUUAUGCUAAAGCAAAGCCAAAUUAAAUAAGUAUAUAUGUACAGCUAUUUACAUAUGUACAUACAUGCAUACGUAGAUCUAUACAUGCAAACAUGCAUGCAUGACGACAGCAUUCCACAAGAAUGAGAAUGAUUGACAGAUUUUUGUUCUGGUUAAAGACGCGUUGCCAUCCAAAGACCCAGCCCAAAAUAUAUAUUCAAAUCAUUUUUUGAUCUUGUGCAAAAUGUUGUUAGAAAAACAUGAACACCCAAAUUCGACUCGUUGCUUUACGAAAUUAAAUGCCAAAUAUUUUAUGCAUUUACAACAUUUUUUUUUAAGCAAAAAGCUGAAUGUUGAAAAAUAUUAUUUAAAAGUUGGUCAAUCUGUUCUAACCCAUAACUCAGACACACACCUUCUCGAAACGAAUUUUGUCGAGUCCAUCUUACCUGCAUCAAAAUGAAUAUUACUAUUAUUAAACAAUCAUUGUGCAAGUGCAACUAUUUAUAGUAUAUAUGAG